GCGGGAUGCGCUGAGCAGGACGAGGCACCGCUCGUGGAGUGCAAAGCGGUCCUCGAGCCGCGGGUGCGUGGCGCCAUCACCCCUGAGGCUCCGCCUUCGCUCGCCAGUGCGAAAGCAGGCGGCGCAGGUGCGGGCUCCGCAGGGAUCAUCACGGGCAUCGGCAAGGAGCAGAUCGAGGAGCUCGUGGGAGCGGUCCUCCCGUUCCUCGGCGGCCAGGGCGGAGCUCAAGGCAUCGGCAAGGAGCCGAUCGAGGAGUCCUCUGCCACCCUUGCGGAGAUCAGGGCGCGUUUCUAUGCAAUCGGGGUGAGAGCCCGCAUGGCAAAGAAUGCGCAGUAUCAGUUGCCACCGCCCCCUUUGCCAUCGCUGCAUCAGCAGACGAGGCUGGCAAGGGAGAAGCAGGUGGCACUGAAGGAACGCGUGCCGGCCAAGGCGAUGCCACCUUCGCGGCUGUCGGAGCAGCAGGUGGCUCGGCGGGCCGGCACGUCGGCACAGAAGGGGCCAUCGGCGGAGCAGAUCCGCCUGCACCGCAGGCUGGAUGGCAUCAGCAAGCGGCAGGAGGAGAUUGCUCAAGCACUGGGCGUUGGGGCAGACGGCGGCUUCGCUUCCACCCUGGAGUGCCUGAGCGUCGCGCUGGACAAGCAGGAGGUCUCCACGGACGACGAAGCGGGCCCGCCUGCCGUGCUGGCGGCGGCCAAGGCGGUGCGCAACCACGUGAAGCGAAUGAGGAAGAAGGAGCGCAAGGAGAUGGUGCUGCAGCGGGACCUCUACAGGCCUGGGUGGCACCACGAGAAGGAGGCGGAGCCUGAGGCUCCAGAUUCUGAGGCCCAGAGGCUUGGCCUCUUAUGGGUUCAGGAGCAGCUCAAGCGGCGCCUGCGGGAUUACCUCGUGGGAG